AUGACUUCGAGUUCCGCUACCGAGAGGACUGCGAUGCUCACAUGGAUGAGUACAACCAUUGGGUCGAAUGUGAGACCUAGUACUCGACAAUUUCGCACUAAGCAUAGCUGCCAGCAGCACAUGGACGCCCUUGACCACUGGGCACCCGUCUUUAAAUGCGAAACUUGCAUUCGCACCUUCUCUUCCCAGGAUGCCGCCAAUCAGCAUAUGAAUGCCAAGAACCAUAGGCAGCCAACUGUUCCCUGCGAGACUUGCUCGCAAAUGUUCUACACCGAAGAAACUGCUGACCAGCACAUGGAGGCCGAGGGACACUAUGCGAACUACUGCGCGGAAUGCGAUCGAAGCUUUGCGAAUGAGAACUGGCUUCGGCAGGUACGAGAACCAAGCCAAUUUUGGAGAGAUUCCAAGCCCCUUAACUAG